AUGACGUCUCCCGCAACCGCAGAGGUCUUUGCGUCGACCACGUUCGACUAUAUCAUCGUCGGCGGAGGAACUACCGGGCUCGUCCUCGCUGCUCGUCUCUCAGAAGACCCCGCCGUUACUGUCGGAGCUAUCGAGGCAGGAGAAUGGCACCGCGGCGUCGAAGGGAUCUCAGUGCCUGGUCUCUGUGGCUCGUUGAUCGGUAACCCUCAGUACGACUGGUCAUUCUCGUCUGACCCUCAGAAGCAUGUGAACGACAGAAGCAUCUUCCAACCGCGAGGGAAGGCUCUGGGAGGUUCUUCCAUGGUGAGCAAACCCGAGUGCUCCCAUAGAGCUUCAGCCCGCGAAUACGAUGCCCUCGAAACGCUAGGCAAUCCAGGCUGGAACUGGGCAGAAUUUCUGAAGUACAUGAAGAAGGCCGAAACAACCAUACCCCUCUCUUCCGACGUCCGGCCAGAGUACGGCAUCCCCGCUACUCAAAGGGAUGAGUGGCACGGGAACUCGGGUCCAGUGGUGAAGUCGUACCCCACAAACUUCAACACUUUGCACAUCCACAUCACCGACGCCCUAGAGACGCUAGGCGUGCCAAAGAACCCAGAACCAAGCAACGGGAUCAACGUUGGCUCAGUCACCACCUUCGCGGCCGUUGAUCCGCGGACUGCGACGAGGAGCUACUCCGCUAAUGCUUAUUUCGAGCCUAACGCCGGACGAAAGAACCUUGUCGUCACCACAGGCUCCUCAGUUUCGCGAAUCAUUUUCCGUCCAGAGUCCUCUCCGCUUCUAGCAACUGGCGUUGAGUUCAUUCACGGAGACAGUACGUUCACUGCCAUGGCUCGCAAAGAGGUCAUUCUAUGUGCAGGAGUGUUUCAGAGUCCUCAGCUCCUCGAACUUUCUGGUAUCGGGAAAGGGGAUAUACUGAACAAAUACGGAAUCAAAAUCCUGCUUGACCUGCCGGGCGUAGGCGAGAAUCUACGGGUAAUAAUGAUACACGAGAUCGAUCCCAAGUACGAAACCGUCGAUUUUCUACAGGACCCGGAAGAAUCGAAGCUACAACAAGAGCUAUACAAAGCGCAGAAGGGAUACCUCUCCUCUGCACUGGCGACAGUCCUUGGCUUCGUACCCGCGAAGGCGCUUGCAUCCGACGACCAGGUGAGAAAGUGGAAGGAAAUGGGCGAAAACGCGAUCCUGGCCGCGCCUCCAGGCGUGAAGAAGCAGCUCGAACUUCAGAUGAAAUGGCUCGACGACGAAACGUCUGCGGAGGCAGAAUUGAUCCCCUUCCCAGGUUUCUUCCUCCCUUGCGGUCUAAAACCGGAACCCAACACCCGGUACUCAUCUGUACUGGCGACAACAAUGCACCCGCUUUCGCGCGGUUCCGUCCACAUCGUUUCCGCAGACCCGAAGCAUCCGCCAGCGAUAGACCCAAACUACUUCGCGAACCCGGUCGAUCUGGAGAUGAUGCUCGCGCUGAUCAAGUUCACGCUCAAGCUGUAUCAGACCACCCCUCUGUGCGACGUCGUGCGCAAGCAGGUCGCACCGAGCCCCGAACAGAGCGCAACAGACGAGGCACUGGUCAAAUAUAUCAAGGACAACUGCAACACGGUGUACCAUCCGAUCGGGUCUGCCGCAAUGCUCCCGCGGGAGGACGGCGGAGUCGUGAGUCCGGAUUUGAGGGUCUACGGGACCGCCAACCUGCGCGUGGUACGCCUGCUUACAUUUAUUAGUAUCGGGAUGUCGGACUGA